GUAUUUUAUGCACUCCAUGUGUAAAAUACAUGAAUCCCAAGGCCCCAUGCCUUGCUGUCUCCAAUUGUUCAUUGGAUCGUCCUGGGAUAGCUUCAUGCAUCAUGCAAGUACACGCUUUUCCCAUCCGCACGCUUCUCUCUUCAUCCUUCCCACCCUCCCAUCUCUCUCUCUGCCCUUCCAAGUUCUCCAUCGGUGUUUUGGGGGCGCCGAUUUACCCAAAGCUUCACCGCAACCCAUAUUAAAUCGGUGCUACGGAUCCCACCUGGAACUUUUCAUUCAUCUUCUUUCCUCCCCCCCUCCCUUCCUCCCUUCCUUUUCCUUCUCCAACUCUUGAUCUGCUUCUUUUCUAGAAGAUCUUUCACAGGACGUUUGAAGACAGAACUUCUCGAAUCUGCAUGUGUUUCAGAUCCCUUAUUUAACCCCCCUGGCUGAGCGCCCGGACUCUUCCUCUAUUGAGGCUUUUUAAAAUUCCUAAUCUUCCUCCCCCGGCAGCUCUUGCUGGGGAUCGAUCUCUCACAGAGGGUGUAAGGGGCCAAUCGUUCGUUUGUUUCCUCAAGGGAUAAAUUAAUCACGAAACUUACAAUCUCGACGCAGCUACAGUCGAGUUCAUCUAUCUAUAAAAAUCUAUCCGUUAGAUCUUCAAUCGCUUUUACACUCCCGUACGCAACUCAUUCAUCUCUUAAACAAAGGCACUUCAAGGGGGAACUUAUUUUCAAACGUCUCACCAAACCUUCUUUCUUUACAAACCCAUUGCAGAUACAAGAAUCUUGAACAAUUCUUCAGCGAUUCAUAAAGUAGCCCUCUACAUUUAUAAAAAUUUCUUCAAACGUUUGGAUUCUUCUCACCAACAGACACAAUGUCUCGGAUCAACAUCCCCUUCGACGUUAUUACGUCUCGAUUCAACCUGUCCGACAGAUUUUCCGGUGUGCGAUCACAAUCUUUAUCUACCAGAUUUGCCAAUCUGAAGCCUGUCAACGAGUUCUUCGACUUCAAACGCCUCUCCAAACCGGCAAACUUUGGUGAAGUUCAGUCCAGAGUUAACUAUAACCUUGGACACUUCGCCAGCAACUACUUUGCAUUAUUCAUUAUGCUUAGUAUUUACAGCUUGCUCACCAAUCUCCUACUCUUAUUCGAUAUCAUUCUCGCUGUAGGAGGAAUGUGGGCUAUCGGAAAGCUCGAGGGACAAGAUUUGAACGUUGCCGGUUUCCAAGCUACAUCCUCGCAACUUUACACCGGUCUCUUAAUUGUCGCAGUUCCUCUUGGAAUCAUUGCGUCACCAUUCACAACACUUCUCUGGCUCAUUGGAGCAAGUGGAGUCAGCAUUAUAGGACAUGCCUCAUUCAUGGACAAACCAAUCGAUGAGGCUUUUUCCGGGGAGGCGGUCUAGACGGUCGGCCGCAAUCUCCCAAAUCUAUGCCCCAAUGGGGAAGACCACCAGGGGCGAAGGGGAGCAGGAGGAGGAGGCAGUGGGAGCAGGAUCAAGGUCAUUGGCAACAGUCGCGUGUCGAGGAGCUUGAUAGCGAGGGUGAUACAGAUACACAAGGCGUUGGGUUACAUCUGGGCGAGAAACGAUUUGCAAGCGAUCCACUUCAUUUCACGGGUAUAGAUAUUUCUUCAAACACAAGGCCUAGGCGAGGUUAUUCUUACGAUGAGGCCGAGAGAUCUUCCGAGUCCGAUUCUGAAGACUCCGACUAUCAUGAUGGUGGUGACAAACAAUUAGCUUUGCGAGGGGAUAGCGAGGAAGCAAUAGUACAAGGUGCUCUAGCUCGUAUUCGACGUGCUCAAGAAAAGGGUAGACAAGAUGUGAAGCUCACACAAGAAGAGCUUGAUGCCUUGGAACGCCGACGAAUUCGUAUGCAAGCUGCUGCUGCCGCGAAAGCUGCCAAGAAAGGAAGCAGUGGAAGUGGAGCUGAAAAGAAACGACGAAGCGAUCGAAAAACUGUUGAUAUUGCAUCUCUCAUGGACCCGAAGCCAGCUAGUGAUCCAAAGAAAAGAAAGUCGAAAAGAAAAUCUGGUAGUUCUUCACACAGUGCUGCCGCGGGACCUGGAAUCCUUGUUGAUGGACCAGAUGGACCUUCGUAUACUCCAAUAGGUGGUUACCAUCCUUCGGACAGAGGCACAUCUCGUUCUCGUUCAUCAGCACGUCAUGGCCAUUCACCCCCAGGUACGAGUCGACAUUUCUCUGACGGCAUGCGUCCUACUUCCCAUAACAACAGUCCUCGUCGUUCCUUACCCGAAGAAGAAAGCUGGCAUUCCACCAAUAGCAAACGGACUUCUCUUUCUUCUCAAUACCAUGUUGCUGAUCCCUUUGAUUACCAGGUUACCGCUGAUCAGCCACCACCCGUCCCGCAACAGUACGCACAAUCAUCUUCUGGUCGUCACAAUUAUUCCGGUCCUGCCGACAUUUCUUAUACUUCCGUUCGACGCAGUUUACCACAAGGCUAUGCUGCUACCGAUAGGAUCCCUUCUGAUUCAUCCCUCAGAUAUCGAACUUCUCCGAGGGGAGAAAGAGAAGUCAUCACUAUUCCUGAUAGUAGUGAAGAAUCCGAUUCAGCCGAUGAGCUAGCGAAUGAAGUACAAGUUUUUCCGGAGGAACGAGAACGAGUAGUUUCUAGGAGACCUGCACCUGUGAGUGGGGGUGGGAGUGGAAGCGGGAGAAGAAAAGGCAAAGGAAGAUAAAAAUAUGGGAAUCUCGUUUAUGGAGCUGUUCAAUAACUAGACUUUAACUCUUUGCUCUUCAAUGAAUUAUUUCUUGCCAAAAUUGUGCUCUUUUUA